UUCAAGCUGCGGGCUCUGCACGGGACGAAGAAGUUUGGGGUGGCGGGGAGGAGCUACCAGGAGGUGCUGCGGAAAGGCUGCUUCCACUUCCAGGUGCCCGGGGCCGGGGUUCGCGGGCCUCCACCUGCAGGUGCCCAGGUCCGGGGUCCGGGUGCCUCCACUUGCAGGAGCCCAGGUCCGGGGUCCAGGGACAGGGCGCCUCCUCAAACAUCUUCCUGUAGCCACUCAGCCCGGUUCAGCGGGGGUUUGUGAAGGGUUCUGGGGCAGCACCUCCCUCUUCCGACCAUGAAGAUCACCGCAGCUCUGGCUGAGAUUCUGGGACUCCGGUUCUAGUGCACAUCUGCUAACUUGCCGUGUGCUCCAGGGCACAGUCGCUGAGCUUCUCUGAGCCUCAGUUUCCCCUUCUGUAAAACGAAGGAGUUGUGUUCACAGGCCCAUUAAAGGCCCUCCCAGCACUGUUAUUUCAGGGACUGCAGAUCUCAUUCUUACUGGAUUCUCACUGUGUUUGUUUCCUUGCCUGGAGUUGGAGUGGCACUGGUUGCGGUGUGUGUCCGUGUGGGGUUGCCGUGAACGGUGACAAAGCUGACGAGUGUCGUGUUAGCAAAGUAACGGUACCCUGUGCCGGUCCCACUUAGUCAGAUGGAGGCAGUGAGUCUUUUUCAGUAAGACGUUCUCCGUGACUAAUCAUCGCCCAGGAAAACGGAGUGUGCUGAGCGGGUGUUCAGUGGGAUGAUGUGUCCUCAUGGGUGGGGGUGUGUUUAUCGGCAUCAUUUUCUGAAAUGGGCUUCGAUGUUAAGUGCCCGUAAGGAGCUCGUUUUGAAACGAUCUGGGUUGUGCAUCCUGCAGAGUCGUUACCACCAUCUCCCCGUUGCCGGCUCCCGCCUGUGCCUCUAUGAGGACGGCACCGAGCUCACCGCAGACUACUUCUCGAGUGUCCCCGACGACUCGGAGCUGGUGCUUCUCACCCCCGGCCAGACCUGGCAAGGCUACGUGAGUGACAUCCAUCGCCUCCUCCGUGCGUUCCACAAGCCGCAGGCGGGGCUCAUCCAGGCCGCCCGGCAGCUGCUCGCGGGCGAGCGGGCCCCGCUGCGGCAGAAGCUGCUGGCCGACCUCCUGCACACGGUCAGCGAGAACACUGAGGCCGAGACCCGGGACGAGGACCCGCCGUGGUUCGAAGGUCUGGAGUCUCGAUUCAAGACUAAGUCCAGCUACCUGAGGUACAGCUGCGAGAGCCGGAUGCGGAGCUACCUGAGAGAGGUGAGUGCCUGCACCCCCACGGCCGGCGUGGAGGCUCGGCAGGAGUACGUGCGGGUCGUGGGCGUCAUGCGCCGGAGGCUCCAGGCCGAGCGGUACCACGGCAGUUACUUCGACCGCGGAGCCAAGGCGGGCAGCCGGCUGUGCACGCCCGAAGGCUGGUUCUCCUGCCAGGGCCCCUUUGACGCGGACAGCUGCGCGUCCAGACACUCCAUCAACCCCUAUGGGAACAGGGAGAGCCGGGUCCUCUUCAGCACCUGGAACCUGGACCACAUGCAUGAUCUGAAAAUGGGCGUAGGCGGCAUCACGCGUGCUGACUCCACACCGGGCUGCCCUGUUCUGCGCUGCGCUCACGGGGGUGCGUUUGUGGGCUGGUACCAUCUCACCAGGUGCGGGGGCCUCGCUCUUCGAAGAGAGUAACACUGGACCGUCCGUUUCCUUACCGGCAGGCGCUCUGCUCUAACCCAGCCCCUGGGCUGGGCGUGCGCGUGGCGCUGACCCGCGUGGCCAGGUGGCCGUGGUCCGCGGACUGGCUGCGUCGUCAGCAUGUGGGGACUGGUCAGGAACCCUGAUCCUCGGGCUCCACGCGCCGUCACCCGGGUCCCGGGGGUGGGGGUGCACGUCCGGGUGAGAGGCGGCCCCCGCGAGGCGGGGUGCUGGGUCUCCCCCUUCCCACAUGCACUGAGCACCCAGCCUCCCCCGACUGCCGGGUUCUGCAGGUCCUCCCUCUGCUGCUUGCCGUGACCCGCUGGGGCGCGGGGUCGCCGAGCUGGGGGACAGUCCCCGCAUGUGAAGGGUGGGGCAGGCCAGCCUGGAGCAGCAGCCGCCCGGGCAGGGUUUUCCAAAACCUCGGUUUUCUCUCCCUCUCAGUUCAGUACUUAGUUUUCCAGCAAAUCGCCUGCCUCUCUGCACGCGUCUGACUUCCGGUUUUCUGUCCAGUUUCACGCUCGUUUCUCCCAGGAGGGUCUGUGGGCACUAAACGCUCUUUGGUCUUGGAAGACGCCCCUCUGGCCUCUGCUCUUGCGGGAUCAUUUAGCGAUUCUGAAUCGUGGGCGGCAGGCGCCCACCUUCAGGACUCUGAAGACCUGCUACCACCGUCUCCCGGCGUCUGCUCCGGAGAAUCCUGCCCGCAGCCCGCUUCUGCCUUUUCUACGGAUGGUUUAGAUCUUCUCCUUCUCUCUGAACGUGGCGUGUGUGUAGCUGUAGAUCCUUAAAGUCUGACUGCGCUUGUCUUUGUUCUGAGGACAUGUUUCUGUUUUGUGGUGGAAGACGCCUGAGCACGGGCUGGUUGCCACUGCUCGGGGUCUCGGCGUCCGGCUUCCCUGGGCUGUUGCCGGCCGAGUGUUGGACCUUCUCGCCCUGCCUCCCCUGUGCUGCGGGGCUGCCGUCGGGGCGCCAUCCCCGCCUCUCAGCCAUGUCUCAGGGCGCUCUAGCCCGGUCCUCCUCGGGGGUCCCUGUCCUUUGUGGCGUGUUCCUUGUGACGUGUGUGUCUGGAUUCGAGUCUGUCCCCAGUGGGAACUGUGUUUUCUGGCACUGGCUCGUCACGUCCCCACAGGGUGGCCUCGCAUUUGUUUCUGCCAGACGCCCAGGGCUCCCCCACUGCGUGGUGGUGUGGGGUCGGGCUGUGCGUCUGUGAACGGGGAGCCGAGGGUCCUGGUUUCCGAAGUGACCCUGGAAACGGUCACAUGCUGCUGGUGCGCCCUGAAGUGUGCCUCCUGGUGCCUGCGUCUGU